AUGAUAGCGAAAUUGUUGUUUUUCUUGCUAAAAUCUUCAUUUUUCUUAGUGAAUGCAACAUUGUUUGGUGUCAUUCUAAUUGGUUGUGCAGAUGGUAAAAAAAGCAAGAAGAAUAAAACUUCCUCGCCGCCAACUUCGAAUAAUGAUGAGAUAAUUAAGAAGACACAAAAUAGUACAACAAGUACUGAAAAGGAACAAACAUUGAAACAACCAACCAGUAAUACGACUUCAACUCCUUCUCAAAAACAAAUCGAACCACCGUCUCAACCUCCUUCUCAACCUCCAUCGAAACCAAAAACUCCGAAUGCGAGAACUCCGGACGAAACACCGAAAAAAUCAGAGAUGAAGUUGGAUAAAACUCAGAGAAACGCGUCGAAAGAGUCAAUUCGACCACCUCCUCGAACACUUCGUGGUGCUCCGAGAAAUACAAAAAGUCGUGAAGCACAGAAAACAUUGAGUGAUGUCAAAGAGUUCUCAGCAAGAGGAUCAGAUGCACCAAUUCAAAAAGAGAAGUCAAUUAAUCAACAGGAAUUCGAUGAUUACUUGAACAACUUGGGAGAGAAUAAGAACUAG